GUUCGUUAUAAUUUAUCUUCUGAGGAUGCAUAUCUACUUUAUUACCUUCGGUGUAGAGGUUGGCUUGACCAUCUUGUUUUGCUAUAUGUUCAAUACUAUUGGCUGUAGGAAAAAUUGCCAUCGGAAUUUUAGUUAUGCUGACCACUUGGAUAUAACUAGAACCUGUUGCCUUCUGAAUCCUCCGAACAAAGUGGUACACAAUUAGGAUCUUUACAUCUGAGUUGUCUGUUUUCAGUGUUCCACAAUGGAUUGCUCUGUCUUUUUCAAGCUCCUUUGUUUCUUCCUACUUUUAGUUGGCAUGUCAGCAGCUGUUGUUGCGGAUGAUCGUAGGACAUACAUCAUCCACGUGGACAAAUCAGCUAUGCCUUCUCCUUUCCCAGAUCAUCAUAGUUGGUAUAUGUCAACUCUCUCAUCCCUGUCUUCGCCGAAUGGUGUUCUUCCAACGCAUCUUUAUACCUACAACCAUGUCUUGGAUGGCUUUAGUGCAGUGCUGUCUCAGUCCCAACUUGAUCAGCUGGAGAAAAUGCCUGGUCACGUUGCCACGUACCCAGAAACCUUUGGAAAGCUUCAGACUACACAUUCCCCGAAGUUUCUCGGCCUGGAACCAAAUGUUGGGUUAUGGCCCGCAGCCAAUUUUGGGGAUGAUAUGAUCGUCGGCGUUAUUGACUCUGGAAUUUGGCCGGAGAGUGAGAGUUUCAGAGAUGAUGAAAUGCCCCCCGUGCCAGAGAGAUGGCGCGGUAUUUGCGAGUCUGGUGUAGAGUUCAACUCUUCUAACUGUAACCGGAAACUCAUUGGAGCACGCUCAUUCAGUAAAGGGAUGAAGGAAGCAGGCUUGAACAUCUCCAAAACAUACGACUACGAUUCUCCGAGGGAUUUCUUUGGACACGGGACCCAUACAUCAUCGACGGCAGCCGGAAGCCCCGUGCAGGACGCCAGUUACUUCAAUUAUGCCAAGGGAACCGCGAUUGGAAUGGCACCGAAGGCCCGGCUUGCCAUGUACAAAGUGAUUUUCUUCAACACCACUUAUGAAGCCGCUGCAUCUGACACUAUAGCCGGCAUGGACCAAGCCAUAGCUGAUGGUGUCGAUAUCAUGUCAUUGUCGUUGGGUUUCAAUGAGACUGCUUUUGAACAAAACCCAAUUGCAGUGGCAGCUUUUACAGCCAUGGAAAAGGGGAUCAUUGUGGUAUGCGCAGCCGGAAAUCGUGGUCCUCAUGGUUUUACCAUCCUCAAUGGAGCUCCAUGGAUCACUACCAUUGGAGCGGGGACCAUUGAUCGAGAUUAUGCUGCCGAAGUGACACUUGGUGACUACGGGGACCUCACUGUCAGCGGAAAAUCUGUCUACCCAUUAGACUUGUUAGUCUCCAGAGUCCCUAUAUACUUUGGCCAUGGAAAUAGGAGCAAAGAAAUCUGCGACAACUAUUCUCUUGACCCUAAAGAUGUUGCCGGGAAGUACCUGUUCUGCGACUUCAGUGAAUCAUUCGGAUUUAACACGUUUGAAACAGACAGAGCUGGAGCUGCAGGAGCAAUCUUCAGUACAGACUCUGCCAUGUUUCUCUACCCAAGUGAUUUCAACAAUCCAUACGUGGCAGUGAUCCAAGAAGUCGGAAAUUCAAUCAAAGACUACCUAAUCAAAGCCAAGAAUACAACUGUCAGUAUUAAGUUUCAGCAGACAGUUUUGGGUACUAAACCUGCCCCAAUAGUGGCAAAUUUUUCUUCCCGAGGACCGGAUCGUAAAUCGCCAUGGAUACUGAAACCUGAUAUCUUGGCUCCUGGAGUUAAUAUUUUAGCAGCAUGUGCACCAAACAGAGGAAUUGCGCCGAUUGGAGAUGACUACGACUAUUUGCUUAGCGAAUUCGUGCUUCUCUCUGGCACAUCCAUGGCGUGUCCCCACGUAGCUGGUAUAUCAGCACUACUAAAAGCGGUACACAGGGAUUGGAGUCCGGCUGCCAUCAGAUCAGCAUUGAUGACCACGGCUUACGUGAUCGACAACAUGAACGGCACGAUCAUUGAUAUGACCACCGGAGUAGCUGGGACUCCACUUGGUUAUGGGUCAGGGCACGUAGAUCCUGUCAAAGCCAUAGACCCAGGACUUGUUUAUGACUUGGAGGCUCAAGACUACAUCAAUUACUUGUGUGCAAUGGAUUACACAAACCAACAGAUCAAGAUCAUCACCAAGAGAUCAAAUUUCAGUUGUGAUCAAGCUAGUCUUGAUCUUAACUACCCGUCUUUUAUGAUCCUCCUCAACAACACUAACACUACUAGUUACACCUUUAAAAGGGUGUUGACAAGUGUAGUGAAUAGUUCCUCGGUCUACCAUGCUGUGGUGAAUGCCCCAUCGGGCAUGAAAGUGGUUGUGGAGCCGCCGACGAUAGCAUUUGACGGAAAAUACAGCACAGCCAAGUUCAGCAUGACAGUAGAGGUUGAUGCUGGAGUUGGAGAUGUCAGAAUACAAAGUGAUUCUAUUGUGAAUUAUGGGUAUUUGAGCUGGAAUGAGGUUAAGGGCAAGCAUUAGUGAGAAGUCCUGUUGUUGCUGCUUUUGCACCUUAUCCAAGAGCAUGAAAGGUGUUGGAACUUAGAAUUGCCAAAAUGGUAUGUCAUAGUCAAAUUUUGACACCUUACAGUUCUAAAAGUUGCAAAAUUUUGCAACCAUGCUGAAAUGGGUGAAAUGAUGAUAGUUUUUUUUUCUUCUUUUUAUGUGUAAAAAACUAUAUUUGUGUGUGCCAUGUUAAAUUUUGCGUUAGAGAUGCUACAAGAGCAAGGGUGCCAAGAGAGUACCUUAAUUGUAUAUUAUUGUAUUUUUCUAUUUAUUGUUAUUAUUAUUAUUUU